CAGGUCACCCACAGCCACCGGUCUUCACGACUUCUGUACUUUGAUGUCUGUAUAAAACCAACUUCAGCUUCUCAAAUUCAUCGAAAUUUGAAGGAUUCAUACACUACAGACUCGUUAUUUGGAUUGUUGCUCUGUAAAGCGGAGGCUGAAGGAUGUCGCAGAUGAAGUAUUUGAUUCAGGUGGAGGAGUCUAAGGCCGCCAUUGAUGGAAGGCCUUCGAUUGGACCUGUUUACAGAAGUAUUUUCGCUAAGGAUGGGUUUCCGCUUCCCAUUGAAGGAUUGGAUAGCUGUUGGGAUAUAUUUCGGUUGUCAGUGGAGAGAAACCCUGGUAAUCGAAUGCUUGGCCGACGUGAGAUUGUGAAUGGGAAGGCUGGUAAAUAUGUGUGGCUAACAUAUAAGGAAGUGUACGAUAUGGUCAUAAAAAUCGGAAAUUCUUUGCGCAGUCGUGGUUUUGAGGAAGGAGCAAAAUGUGGUAUCUACGGUGCCAAUUGCUCAGAGUGGAUAAUAAGCAUGGAGGCAUGUAAUGCUCAUGGGCUCUUUUGUGUUCCCUUGUACGACACAUUAGGCGCUGGAGCUGUGGAAUUUAUUAUUUGCCAUGCAGAGAUUUCUGUUGUUUUUGUAGAAGAGAAGAAGCUUCCUGAG